UUCCAUCCCUCACCUCCUUCCCCAACAUGCCUUCCAAACAGACUAAAGAGGCAAAACAUAAUUGGAGAAGAAGACGGGAAUUUAAAAGUUCCCGUUCCCUCUCCUCACCUCCUUCCCAAACAAAACAAAGACUUUCCUUUUACUUACCCUUCCCUAACCUCCUUCCAAACAGACCCAGACAAAACUUAAAUGGAGAAGAAGACGGGAAUUCAACUUCAUUUGCUUCGUGCCACGAUAAAUAUUAAGUUUAUAGGUGAUAUUUUUUUUGAGAUUAUAGAGAGAGGAGGAAGAGAUGAAGAAAGACGAGAACGAUCUUGCCAGUGCAGUCAAGUUGGAGAUCGACGACGAGGGCAACCUCGGCCACCCCAAUGACGGCGCUGUGAAUUUCUGGUCUUCUUCGUCCCCGUCCCGUGGCCACUGCAAUGGCGAAGAUCCCGGUCCUUAUCAGACAACCUGGCCCCAAAGUUUCAGGCAGUCGAUUGAUGUUGUUAGCAGCGAGUUGAGUCAAAAAGUCGAGCUCUUGAAAGAUUCUGGUUUCGCCCGCGUUAGCAAUUCAUUCAUCAGGAGUUCAUUUUCUUUCGGCCGGGAGGAAUUGAAUUCUCCAACAGAAUCCCUGUUACCUUGUGCUUCAGAGCGCAACCGUGUUGGAGUUGAUCUAGCCUUCGCGGAGACUGUUCCGCCAAAAAUUUCUCAAACCUUUUCUUCUUACAACGACUUGCCCCCUACGCGGCAAUGCUCUACUGCUCAAGCAUUCGUCAAUGGAAUGAAUAUUUUAUGUGGAGUGGGAAUCCUCUCAAUUCCUUAUGCAGUUAAAGAAGGAGGAUGGUUAGGCUUGAUUUCAUUGUUCGGAAUGGGUUCCAUCUCAUUUUACACUGGAAUCUUGCUAAAGAGAUGUUUAGAUAGCUCUCCCGGAUUGAAGACUUAUCCUGAUAUCGGACAUGCUGCAUUUGGAUUGGCUGGACGUGUAUUUAUAUCAGUAGUGCUUUACCUAGAACUCUAUGGAUGUUGUGUUGAGUUCAUAACUAUGGUAGGUGACAACCUUGAAUCUAUCUUCCCAAAUGCCCGGACAAAUUUCUUGGGAUUUGAUUUAAGUGCUCAACAGUCCUUUGCUGUUGCAACGGCCAUUGUGGUUCUCCCUACUGUUUGGCUGAGAAACCUCAGUUUGCUAUCAUAUAUUUCAGCUGGUGGGGUGUUUUUAUCAAUAUUGGUGGCAAUCUGCUUACUUUGGCUGGGUGUGGUAGAUAAAGUGGGUUUCCAUUCGGGUGGAACUGCAUUGAAUCUCAUCGAUCUUCCAAUUGCAAUUGGGCUGUAUGGGUUCUGCUAUUCAGGACAUUCAGUUUUUCCAAAUAUAUAUUCCUCCAUGAAGAAUCCAUCUCGGUUUCCAAUCAUCCUACUAAUCUGCUUUAUACUAUCUACAAUUCUGUAUUCCGGAGUGGCUACGGCUGGGUUUUUGAUAUUUGGUGAUUCUCUCAAGUCUCAGUUUACGCUGAAUAUGCCCCAUCAAUAUCUUUCUUCUCAGAUUGCAGUAUGGACUACGGUUAUAAGUCCGUUGACAAAAUAUGCUUUGACUAUAACGCCAAUUGCACUCAGCAUAGAAGAGUUGUUGCCUUCAUCUGGGAAUUUAUUUUUUAUUAUGGCCUUGAUCAGAACAGUUCUUGUUCUGUCAACGCUGGUUGUGGCACUUACAUUUCCAUACUUCGCAUAUGUCAUGGCACUGCUUGGUUCUGUCUUUGCAAUGCUUCUGGCUCUCAUUCUUCCCUGUGCAUGUUAUCUCAGCAUCAAGCGUAAAUCUGCAACUUAUCUACAGGUCUCAGUUUGCACUCUCAUUAUCAUGGUAGCAGUGGCAUCUUCUUUCAUUGGCUCAUACAGCUCCAUCAAGCAGAUGCGAAGGCAUGUUCAAUGAAGAGAGUUGUUAAAUCUCAAAGAUAAUGUUAGCACGGCGAAGGCAUGUUUGAUCGCGUCAAAUUUCGAUUCCAAGAUUUCAUAUGAGAACACUCCAUAUCUAACCAUCACAUCGCCUAUUCGAUGUUUCUUGCACUCAAUUGUUGUAAUCACUAUCACUUGUACCGUUUUGCUAAUUCUGCUUCUAAGAUAUCGAAAUAUUGAAAGCAAUAUA